CCAUCAUCCAUCAUCCAUCAUCCAAAUCCCGCUCAUCAAGCCCUUACACUCACAUACUGCAUCACGAUGACCAGCCCUCGCACCAACCCUCCAACCCACGCCCUCGCAAUCAACAUCUACGGCCGCGGCGACGCUACCCUCAACGACAGCCCGUCCCACAUGGGCCUCGCCAUCUACCAGCUCGGCGCGUCGACAUGCACGAUGCACCACAUCCGCAACCCCACUGACACGACCUUCAUCUACGACCCACGUGAGCAACCCCUCGAAGACGACCCCGUCUUACGAGGUCGCUGCGAACUAGCCACUUUCUCUGAAGAAAAGAGUGAGCACAUCACUACCCUCCUCUUUGAUUUUGGGAACGAUAUAUUAAAUAUUCCUGAAUUCGAAGUCGGGAAUUGUCAGGAUUGGGUGGCUGAUGCGGUGGGGAUGUUGGAGGGCGCUGGGAUGGUGGGGAACGGCGAGGGGGAGUUCUGGAGGAAGAUGAUUAAUCGGAGUGCGGAGGGGAUGAAGGAGGGGUGUGUGGUGUCGGGGAGGAAGUGGGUGGAUGGGGUGGAAUUGGGGUUUGAGGGGGUGCCGGAUGCGAGGUUUGUAGAGGGAAAUGAUGGAGUGGGGAGGUCGGUGGGGAGGUUGAGGGAUAAUGUGGCUUUCAGGGAGAGGAUGCAGGUGUUGAUGGGGGGAAGAGACUCGGUGGGAGGGGUGCCCGAACGGCCGUUUUAUGUUUCGAGUCCGUUUUUUAGUCGGUCGAAUGGGGGGGGGGUUUGAGUGGUUGGUUGACAAGGGAUGGUGGCGGACUGCUUUCUUAGCGAACAGAAAAUCUACCAAGCAAUGCCGUAGAGAUAAGCUAGCUUCUUCCAGUGUUGUUUAUCUCUCUUGACUGAUUCCAGUCAUGGAUCUUCUGACGCUAAGCCAAAGCCAGUGUUUUGCCUGUCCCAUCGAAUUGAGCACUCUGACGGUCCAUGGUCCGUCAUUCGGCAACCCCGAAUAUAAGACUUCCUUAAGUGGACAGCAUUUGGAAAAAAUCCAAUCUAUUCUGCUGCCGCAACAUGCACAAUCUCGGGAACAAUACCUUGCAUUUCUAGCAUCGGACCGUCGUUUCUUAACACCCAAUCUAAUAAUCACAGCAUCU